UCGAAUAGUUGAAAUUGUAUUUAUCAGUUGUUAUUUAAACAUUUGAAUGAAAGAAUCGAAUUAUUUUGGUAAGAAGGAGUUGCGGUUUGCACGUUUUUAUAAGUCGAAAGCAUCAGAACUUUUAAUUGAUGCAGCUGUUCCAACAUUAGCAUUACAAAUCGAAGAGCUUACACCAAUUAUUAUUAUUCCACGUAAAACAUGUCUGGAUACAUUAUCUAAACAUUCAAUGUGUUCUGUUUCAUUAGAAUCGAAUCUUUGUUAUCAAAAUCAGUCAUUACGAAUACAUAAUACGGUGCUUACGGAUUCAGGGUCAUCACCAUUUUUUAAUCGUUUUUUUAAUGUACAGCAAGAUUUUUCAGAGCAUGGUUAUGUCUCAUUUCCUUCAUUGGAUCUUUAUUCUCAAGAUAAACGUUCGUCAUCCAUAUAUAAUUGAUUUUUUUUUUCAAAAAGAGUUUUAUCCAAUGUUCAAUGAUGC